AUGGCGAUCACGCACAGGCUUAAAGGUGUCUGGGGAAUCAAAGGAGGACAUCAGGUACUAGAUGUCGGUUUUAGCUAUUUCUUAGUCAAAUUUGAUCUUUUGGAGGAUCGAGAAAAAGUUCUCCUUGGAGGACCGUGGAUGAUUGCUGGUAGUUAUGUUGCGGUUUAUGGUAACAUAUUUGGGUCUACCAUGGUUUGGAUAAGGAUUACAUGUUUAGACAUUAACUACUAUCAAGAGAAAGUCAUGAAAAUGAUUGCGUCAACGGUUGAAAAACCAAUCCGCAUCGACUUAGCCACCAAGUCUGCAAAGAGGAAAAAAUAUACAAGAUCAUUUGUGAAAAUCAACUUGGGACUUCCAGUCAUAAAGAUAAUUCAAGUUCAUGGUCAUAUGUAUGAUAUAGAAUAUGAGCACUUGAAUUUAAUUUGUGAAAAAUGUAGCUGCUUUGGGCAUGUAACAAGAGAAUGUGCGAAAGAGAACAACAAUGACAUUGAGAAGGAAAGCACGGUGAAGGAGAAAAAUUUGCCGUCACUAUUUUCGAUGGAUAACAACGAGAAAACGGCAAAAGGUAGUCAAAUCCCAGUAAAAAAUAAAAAUUCAACUUUGGAAUUCGGAAUUAAUGCCAUAUCAAUUCCAAUUAUGGAGAAGCAUGAAGCAGCGGAUCUUGUACAUGAUAAUUUGCAAGAAUCACACAUGGAUAAAGAUACUCAUGCAAAAGAGGGUGCAUAG